UUUCUUGACAGCAUUCUAUCGUCAGUGAUGACAUCUGAUGCAACUCAAGGUAGCUAUUAUAAAUACUUGAACUCAAUCGCGUGUGAGUACCCACCAAAAGUUUUGUGCAUCACAAAUUACAAUCAAAUUACUCUUUAAACUACUACUAUACAUUCGCUCGCUGAAGAGAAUCAAGAUCAUGGCAACUGCUGGUGUGCAAGAAGCUCGUCCUGCUCCACUAACUUCAACUUCCGAACCACCGCCUCUUUUUGAUGGAACUACAAGGUUGUACAUCUGUUAUUAUUGCCCCUAUGCACAACGUGCAUGGAUCACCAGAAAUUACAAGGGGCUGCAAGAGAAGAUCAAAUUGGUUCCUAUUGACCUUGGAAACAGGCCUGCUUGGUACAAGGAGAAAGUCUACCCUCAAAAUAAGGUGCCGUCAUUGGAGCACAAUGGUAAGGUAAUUGGAGAAAGUCUUGAUUUGAUCAAAUAUAUAGAUGCCAACUUUGAAGGGCCAUCUCUUGUUCCAACGGAUCCUGCAAAGAAAGAGUUUGGUGAGCAAUUGGUGUCACAAGUUGAUUCAGUCACCACAGAUUUGUAUGCUGCAUUGAAAGGGGAUGCUAUACGACAAGCAAGUCCUAUCUUUGAUUCCUUUGAGAAUGCUUUUGGAAAAUUUGAUGAUGGGCCAUUCUUCCUUGGUCAAUUCAGCUGGGUGGAUAUCGCCUAUGUUCCAUUCAUUGAAAGAUUCCACGUGGUCUUUGCUGAGGUUUUCAAGCAUGACAUCACUGAAGGAAGGCCUAAACUUAGAACAUUCAUUGAGGAGGUGAACAAGAUUGAUGCAUAUACACAAACAAGGUUUGACACAAAGGAACUUGUUGAUCUUUACAAGAGACGUUUCUUGCCCCAACAGCAGUGAACUUUUGAAUUGCAGUGUGGCCUCUAAGAUGUGAAGAACGCGGCCAAUAAAGUGUUUUGCAUUCAUGGGAUGCUGAUGUUCAGUUAGAUAUUGGUCUGUUUGUUUUGUGUCAUAAUAAUCAAUAAUGUUCUAUGUAACAACUUGUGAUCUUUGAUGAUACAUGUACUAUUGUGAUAAUAAAUUAAUUAGUAAUAAAGAGAUAUAUAUGCAUUACCUAUAA